UAGUCAAAGGUCCUGUGCCUAGGCAAGAGGAAAAAUCAGCUUGUCUGCCUUCCUGCACCUUUGGAGCCAGCUGCUCACUUGCUGACUCAAGAACUGUAGUUACUGACAGGCGUGGAGCUGUAAGCUAUUACUGUCCUGCCGUUCCCUUGAAGUAGGGUGGGGAGAGUAGGUGGAAACUUCGAUACAAAUAAGAACUGAAAGUUUUUUGUGAGAGGAAGUCUGUGCUUGUGCUUGUGUUUUCUGAAGCAGCGAAGGAAGGAUUCAUUUAUUAAGCACACAGACUCCUGUGCUCCCUAGAGCACCUAUGUGACUCGCCCUGUGUCUUGACCACUCCCCUAGGUGGACUUCUGUGUCAGCAGCGCAGGAUCUGCAUUCCACCGAUGACUGAAAUUUGAGGAUUUUUGAGAGGCGGACAGAGUCCUCUUGUUUGUUUGGAUAAACACUUGACAAGCUGGAUCAGAAAUACUUUCCUGGGAUGUUAAGCAAAUAAAGCAGAAGCCUAGCAAGUAGUAGGGUGGAUAUUUUGUUUCCCUUUUCGUGUAUGAACUUCAAAGGCUCUGAAGUUGAAUAACAAACUUUGCAGCCAUGCAAACGGAAGCAGACUGCUUCAGUCCAGAAGCUCAGAAACUGGCUGAAGCAAGGCUCGCAGCAAAGCGAGCAGCACGAGCUGAAGCACGGGAGAUCCGAAUGAAAGAACUUGAGAGGCAGCAGAAGGAGAUCUAUCAGGUCCAAAAGAAAUAUUAUGGUCUGGAUACAAAGUGGGGUGACAUCGAGCAGUGGAUGGAAGACAGUGAGCGUUAUUCUCGUAGAUCCAGAAGAAAUGCCUCGGCUUCAGAUGAAGAUGAGCGCAUGUCAGUGGGUAGCCGUGGAAGCCUGAGGUCUGACUUGGAGUAUGCCAGCGCCUAUCCAGUGGCUGGAUUAGAGAAUGAGAGGACCAAAAAGAAGAACUCCAAAGCAACCAAUGGUUAUGAUGAAGACAUGUAUGGAUCAUCCCAGAGUAGAAAAUCUAGCAGGAGCUCCAACUACAGCGGGGAGAGCAGAAAAUCUACAAAGAAGUCAUCCAGGGAGGAGAAGUUGCCCACCUUGCUGUACAGUGAUGUUCUGCCUGCCAGAAGUUACAGGGCGUCUCUGUAUGAUGAAAGCAUUUACAGUGGGAAUCGUCGAUAUAGUGCCUCUAGUUCUCGUGCUCCAUCGGAGUACAGCUGCUACCUCGGCUCCGGAUCUCGGGCAUCUUCUAGAGCCAGCUCUGCUCGGGCAAGUCCAGUGGUUGAAGAAAGGCCAGAAAAAGACUUUGAGAAGGGAGUUCGUACUGUGUCAAGCUUAUCAGCAGCUACACUAGCCUCUCUGGGUGGAACUUCCUCCCGGAGAGGCAGUGGGGACACCUCCAUCUCCGUUGAUACUGAGGCAUCCAUUAGAGAAAUUAAGGAUAUCAAUGAGUUAAAGAACCAGAUUCAGGAUGUAGAAGGCAAAUACAUGCAGGGAUUGAAAGAAAUGAAGGACUCCCUAGCAGAAGUUGAAGAGAAAUAUAAAAAGGCUAUGGUGUCUAAUGCUCAACUAGACAAUGAGAAAACCAACUUCAUGUACCAAGUCGAUACCUUGAAGGAUGCAUUGUUAGAGUUAGAAGAACAGCUGGCAGAAUCCAGGAGGCAAUAUGAAGAGAAAAGCAAAGAAUUUGAGCGGGAAAAGCAUGCUCAUAGCAUAUUGCAGUUUCAGUUCACGGAAAUCAAGGAGACCCUGAAGCAAAGAGAAGAAAUGCUCGAGGAAAUCCGACUGCUGCAACAGAAACAGGAGAGCUAUAUUAGGGAAAUUUCUGAUCUUCAGGAGACGAUAGAGUGGAAAGACAAAAAAAUAGGGGCGUUAGAGAGGCAGAAAGAGUUCUUUGAUUCCAUAAGGAGUGAGCGGGAUGACCUCAGAGAUGAGGUGGUUGUGCUGAAGGAACAACUGAAGAAACACGGAAUAAUUCCAAACUUGGAAGUAGCCACCAAUGGGGAGGCUUUAGAUGGUUUCGAUAAUGAAGCACAUUCAGAUUCUACCAAGAUUACUCCAGGAGCAACUCAGAUCCUACAGACAGCUGGGGAUGGGACGCUAGGCAGAGCGAAUGAAGUGGACAUGAAAGAUGAGAUUUUGGAGGAUGUGGGGAAAAGAGAAAUCUUGCAGAAUACUGAGCAUGAGGAACACAAAGAGGAGUCUGAGGAGCAGGAAAUUGUAAAGGAGUGUACGGAAAUAAAGACAUUGCAUGCUGAUGAAAAUACAGAGGCAGAGAAAACCAUGGAAGACAAUGAUGUCACAUCAACAGUGAUGUUAAGUAGUGGACGUGAGGAACAAAUUCAAAGCCACACAGAACAUGUUUCAGGAAAUGUUUCUUCCACUGAAAAUAGUGAUGUAAUUGAGUUGAGAAAGGAAACAGAAUCAGGAGAUAAUAGCAUAGAAGCCCAACAGUCUGGUAGUAAGGAAUCUGAACAUAGUAGUGAUUUAAAUCAUUUGACUAAUGAGAAUGGGGAAACAGGUACACUGCAAAGUCAGGGCACUGAGACUCCUCAGGGAAUACCUACUGACUUAGACACAGAGCAUGAAUCUGAAAGAGUUGCACAAGAGCAGAAAGUAAAACAAGAGGAUUUUACAAUUUGCCAGAGAGAAGGCAGUAUUGAAAUAUUUCAGGAAGCUCUUGAUUUUGUGGUUAGCAGCCAUGCAUCAGCUUCUGAUCAGUCAGGAUCACCAGAAGGUGCAAGAGCAGGUACAGGUAUUGAAGAAUCACAUGUGGAGGUUCACACUGAAAGUCUCUGUCAAGCAGAAGAAAGCACUGAAAAUGAGGUUAUGAGUAGUUUGGAGAAACAGCUUGAUGAAGAUGAAGGGUGCAUAGACAGAACAAUUAGUAAAGUAGGGAGUGGUAAAAAUGAGAGUGAUACAGCCGAAGAAGAAAAUAAGACUGGAAAUACAGUUCCGAGUCAGGGAAGGAAAGAAGUAGAUUCUGUGGAAGAGGAGGGAGAAGCAGCAUGUGAAAGUGAGAUCACACCUGAUACAAUUGUAAAGGAACAAAAACCAGAUGAAACACAUACUCUGUCCACUUUUUCAAAGAGCAAUCUGAUAUUAGCGGAAGAGGAAGGAAAUAUGCAAGAUGAGGCAGAGAAUGAGAAGGAUAUUAUUGGGAGGGGACAAACAAAAGACAUAGGAAAGAUGGAAGAAUUGACAGGCAUUUUGGACAUACAACCAGAUUCUGAAAACAAAAAGGUGGAAGAGGAGGAACCUGUGGCAUCCCUAGAUGAAUUUGCAGAGAUAAAAGAGGGUGUAUCGCAUCAGACAGGGCAGGACCAAGAUGUCAUGAAAGAAAGUCAAUCCCAAGAAACUAUUUUAGUUCCUAGUCCCAGCGAUCGUGAAAUUGAGGAGUCAAACACAGAAAUGUGGGAUGAAUCUAGGAAAGGAAAAGAAAGUAGAAGUGAGUUGAUGGAAGAUGAGAGAACACAGGUAGAAACCCAAACAAUUAAGUACAGUGAAGAAAUAAAGAAUAAUCCAAUACAAGAAAAAGAUAAGACUGUAGAAAAUGAAAUGCAGAAAGUAGUUAAACAAGAGGAAGAUGAAUCUAGACAGGAAUUGACUCAAGAUGUCAGUGUAAUUAUUGAAGAGAAAGUUGAUGAUAAAGAGGCAUCAGUGGAAAGUAGCGAGAAGCUGGAUCUUCCAGACCAGCAGCAUGAUAGAUUCGUUUCUGAUGAUAGUUCAUUGCAGAAAAUCACAAAACUAUCACAGCAACUUAGUGAAUCCCUUGAAGGCAACACAAAGGAAAUGGAAGUUCAGAACACUGUGUUAGAUGAUGCAUGUCAACUUAGCAGAAAAGAAAGGGCUACAGAACAGAUGGGAAAUGGGAAUGAGGAAGAUGAAAAUAAAGGAAUAGAAGAGCAACAUGAAUUUCAAGAAGUUAAGAAACUGGAAGUUGAUCCAGAUAGUGAGGAAGAUGCUGAUAACCUCAAGACACAGAAAGCAGAGCUGGAUGAGAAGCCUAAUGAACAAGUUGAGGUGGAGGGUCAAGAGGAGGAAAUAGUGGAAGAUGAUGGUAAAAAAAUUUAUUUUGAUGACGAAUUAGAGCAGAUAUUAAAAACUCCUGGAAAGCAUGAUGCUGAGAAAGUUAAUACACAAACUUUGGAGGAAGUUAGGGAAAAGGAAAUAGUCACAGAAACUGCCAAAACAGAAAAAAGUGAAAAGGAGGAAGCUCAUCAAAGCAGAACACAGAGUGUAGAGAAUGAGGGCAUGGUUACUGAAGGCAAUGCUAGUAUCCAGCAGGAAAAAGAAAAGGAAGCUGAAGAAGCUGCUCAUUUGCAAACUGAUGCAUCUCAGUCUGCAGCUCCAGAAAAAGCAUGUGAUCUGGUGGAGGAUGAAACUGAAAAUGAAAAAGUGUUAGACAGCAAUGAUAUGGAAAAAAUAGCUGAUGGAUAUUCAUCAGAACAGGAGUUAGGAAACGUAGGCAACACUAGGGAUGAAAGCAAAGAGGAUAUGCAAGCUAGUAGAAGGGGCAAGGGUAGAUCUAAAGAAGAUUGUAUGAUAUCAUGAGUUCAAAAUCUAGGACCCAAAUAAGUUACAUACCAUUCUAUCGGUUUCAGUACAAAAACGCAUUUUGCACAAUAAAUCAGACUUUAGAAAUAGUCUUUAAGUUUCUCUGUAUGCAAGUCUCAUAGUACAAUGUCAAUCUAUAUAUAUGGACAUCCAUCCAAGUUAUUUACUGUGAUACAUGUUCACCAGAGAUUAAACAUGUAGAUUUGUUUUUAAUCUCUCAGGUUUCAUAUUUUAUCACCAAAAGAACAAGCAGCACAAAUGUACUGUUCAGGUUCACGUCUAGUUAAAAUGCUUUGAAGGCAGAUAUCUCCUACCAAGAGACCUUAAAUACUGCUCUUAUUUUCUAGACUAGUUUUAAGCAAAUUAGAUGUUUUGAAUGUACUUAAAUACCUGCCAUAGGUCUCUGUUAGGUACAUUACGACUUCAUGGUCACUAUCAUAAAGCAACUCUCAAGUAUUACAGCACUGUAAUAAUAUCCAAACUUCUUUGUGAAUACCUAAAGAUUCCGGAACCAAAUAUAUAUAUAUAUAUAUAUAUAUAAAAACUCACUUUUUGUGUGAUUUUAGUAUGAACACAUUCCAAAGCAUGGUAUAUAAGAUAAACACACGAAAUGCCAAAAUAUUAGUUAGGUCACUGUGAAUCUGCUUAGUCUGCACACUUUGAAAGAACAGUAUAGAGUUUAAGAAAUUAAACUUGUUAGUCUUCUGAAAGGAAUAAGUGUAUCCAUGUUUACUUAAUCUAGGCGCUUUGCACCAGAAUAAGCCUUCUACAUCAUGUCUCACAUGUGCUUUUUAAAUUUUUUUUUAGGAUUGUUUUGGUACACACACUGUGUGUAGAUUUUCUGUCAAGUAUAUUUUAUUGCAGUUAAUAGUAUGAUAAAAUAUCUAUUUUUCUUACAGGAAAGUUUGUUUAAAUUGCAUUUCCUUAUUGCAUUGUCUUUUUUGCAAAAAUAUGGUUAUGAAAGAAUGUUUUCUUAUCUCAAUAUAAACUUUUUUCCUUCCUCCUUGCCAGGAUGAAGUCAAUUUUGAAUGUCUUAAUCUUUUUGAAUGUCUUAAUCAGAUAAUUGGUAUUGCUCUUUAUGUACUAGUGCUCAUAUAGCCAAACCUGCCUUUUUGAAAAUCUCUCUCAACAGCUAGAUUGCUUGUGAUAGCCUGAAUAUAAACAGUAGAGAUGUAUGUCUUUUAUUUGCAAGUUUUAAACCAGCUGGGAAGAAAUGUGUUUUUUGCAAGAGAAAACAUUCUUUUAAACUUGUUUUAAGCAAUGAAAUCGAUGCAAACUCAAGGUUUUGGGUGGUCUAUAGCAAGAUAUUGCUUGUAUUGCUGUUACAAAAUUAGUAGAGUGCAAAUAGAUUGAAAAGAUUCAAGAUGUAUAUCACAAAUGUACUGAGCUGUAUAUAAUUGAAAUAAACUUAUUUUAUACUUUAAAA